UCACCGUCGGUGCGUUUGUCUGAUGCGCAGCGCCUCCCAAACUGGUCCCUCACUUUGACAAAUUCUUGGACGUGAGCGGGUCUCCUGAAUGGCUUCUUGCUCAUAAAGAUGAUGCCUUGAAUAUUUUAGAAGUUGAACAGCUCUGCCGCUCUCUGUAUUUUCCCCCCACUGGUGGACUGUCAGUUUGGAAGACCACAAUGGGACUUUGGUCAUUUUGGGGGUUUUCUCUUUUGGCUUUGGUGUUGCUCUUCCCCUUUCACCCCAAGUUUGUGGCUCGCGCGGAAAUAAGUUUUUCCACAAAACUCGACAGAUUUUAUCGACAGGAUGUAACGCCACUGGACGCACGUGUGGCCAGAAAAUCGGCGGAAAUCAAAGUCUCACUGAAAAUCGACAAUAACACGAAAGUUUUUAGCGCGUUUGAAACAAAUACAGCCGGGGCUUUGAAACGAAACCAUGGCCAGCAAGUGUGGAAUGAAACACAGAGUGGAAAUGAGGCACCGAUCGACAUCAAAACAAACUAUAGCAGCGGUCUCAACAUACCCGAUAAAAAGUAUGAUAACAUUUUCGAGGACAAAGAAGGACGAUUCAAAGCGAAUAUAAUGUUAGAAAAUACAUUUUCUGCCGGAAGAAAGAAGGCAAAGAGGAGUGUGGGCGCAACAUACAACGAAAACGUGGAUAGGAGUAUAAGUGGAGAAGCGUAUUCAAGAGAGAGAUUCGUGCAAACUGUCCAAGGUGUUUCCAGCGCAAGACCCGAGUACCGGCGCAGCGGGGAGGAAGCAAGAGUGUCAAACCCGAGACAGAACGAACCUCACCUGGACACUUCUACUUUUGCUCUGUCGGGAGACUCGGCACACAACCAGGCUAUGGUGCACUGGUCCGGGCACAAUAGCAGCGUGAUCCUGAUCUUGACUAAGCUCUAUGACUUCAAUCUGGGGGGUGUUACCGAGAGCUCACUCUGGAGAUCCACUGAUUAUGGGAGCACCUACACCAAACUCAACGACAAAGUGGGUUCAAGGACAGUUUUAAGUUACCUCUACGUCUGCCCUACCAACAAACAGAAGAUAAUGGUGCUUAGUGACCCAGAAGUAGAGAGUGCUGUUCUCAUCAGUUCAGAUGAAGGGGCGAGCUUUGAAAAGCAUCCCAUUAACUUCAACAUCCUGAGCCUGCUCUUCCAUCCCGCGCAGGAGAACUGGAUGCUCGCCUAUAGUCAUGACAGCAAGCUGUACAGUUCGAUGGACUUUGGGAGGAAAUGGCAGCUUGUUCAUGACAACGUGAUGCCAGGCAGAUUCUACUGGGCGGUAAUGGGGCUGGACAGAGAAUCAGAUGUGGUCCACAUUGAGACGCGCAUCGGAAAAGGCCGUGCUCAGUAUGUGAAGUGCAGAGCCCAGCGAUGCACAGAAGGCAACAGACAGUACCUCUUCCCUGGACACGUAGACACCAACUCACUCGUUGUACAGGAUGAAUAUGUUUUCACACAGGUAACCAAGUCAGGACGAGCCAGCUACUUUGUCUCCUACAUGAGAGAAUCAUUCAAGCGGAUGAAAUUACCUAAAUAUUGUCUGCCAAAGGACAUGCAUAUUAUCAGCACAGAUGAGAAGCAGGUAUUUGCUGCUGUCCAAGAGUGGAAUCAGAACAACACUUACAGCCUGUAUAUCUCAGACUCUCCCGGGGUCUACUUUAUCCUUUCAUUAGAGAACCUGAGAACCAUCAGAGGACCUGCGGGUAAUCUACUAGUGGACUUUUAUAAGGUUGAGGGGAUAAAUGGCAUGUAUCUUGCCAACAAACUGGUGGAUAAUUACAUAAAGACUUUCAUCACAUACAACAAGGGGCAAACAUGGUCCCUGCUGCCAGCUCCUGCCACUGAUGUGGCUGGAAAUAACCUUCACUGCAUUCUGCCAUUUUGCUCACUGCAUCUUCAUCUGGAGAUGUCAGAGAAUCCUUACACAUCCGGACCAAUCACCAGCAAAAAGUCUGUUCCAGGAAUCAUUGUGGCUACAGGGAAUAUUGGAACAGAGCUGUCCUCCACCAACCUUGGGAUGUUUAUAACAUCUGACGCAGGAAAUAGCUGGAGACAGAUUUUUGAUGAAGAGUACAACGUUUGGUUUCUUGACAAUGGAGGAGCUUUGUUGGCGGUAUUGCAAGCAGCGGCGCCAAUUCGACACCUAUGGAUCAGUCUAGAUGAAGGAAAGAAAUGGGACCGCCACAGCUUCUCCUUGGCUCCUCUGUAUGUGGAUGGAGUUUUAAUGGAGCCAGAGUCUGACAAUCAUAUUAUCACUUUCUUUGGGCACUUCAGCCAUCGGUCAGAGUGGCAACUGAUUAAGAUUGACUACAAAGGCCUCUUUAGCAGGAGAUGCAUGGAUGGAGAUUAUCAGACAUGGUACCUGCACAACAAGGGAGAGCUCUGUGUGAUGGGUGAGAAGCAGAUCUAUAUGAAGCGCAGGCCAGGCAACCGUUGCAUGCUGGCCCAAGACUAUUCCAGGAUCUAUUCCUCAGAGCCAUGCCCCUGCACAGCUUAUGAUUUUGAAUGUGAUUAUGGAUGGGAGCGCCAGGCAGAUGGGAAUUGCUCCCCUGCUUUUUGGUUUAAUCCAAACGGUGCGGCUAAAAGCUGCAGCACCAGCCAAAGCUUCCUUAACAGCACAGGGUAUCGGAAGGUUUUGUCCAAUAAUUGUAAGGAGGCAGGGAGGAAUGUGUACUCGCCCAGGAGGCAGCCGUGUCGUCCCAGAGCACCCCGAGGCCUCCAGCUGUCCACCAGUCAGGGAGAGCUCAGUUCCCCUGUUGGAAGCAACGUUACUUUUAUGGUGUCCCUCAAUGAGGGAGACUCGCUGAGGACCAGCAUCCAGCUAGACUUUGGAGAUGGCAUCAAGAUCACGUACUCUAACCUGAGCAGGGCGGAUGAUGGCAUCAAGCACAUCUACAGAACGACUGGGAUUUACCGCGUGACAGCUACUGCAGAAAACAGCCACGGAUCUGACAGCAGCACACUGUUUUUACACAUCACCAGUCCACUAGAGCGCGUGUAUCUCUCCGCUCCCAUUGUAGCCAUCAGGGGGAAGGAGGCUAAUCUGACUGCAGUGGUUUGGCCGAGCCACACCAGAACAUUGACCUUCUUCUGGUGGUUUGACAACAGCUCUGAGCCCAUUAUAACCUUGGAGGGAAGCAUCUCACACACAUUUCAGAGCGAAGGAAAAAGCAAGGUCACGGUCCAGGUUGCUUCUGGGAGCACUGUAAUGCAGGAUUCAAAAGUUAUAACUGUUAAAGAGUUCUUCAGGUCACUGCUGUUGUCGUUUUCGCCAGCGCUUGAUGAGCACAAUCCUGACAUCCCCGAAUGGAGGGAGGACAUAGGCCGUGUGGUGCGGACAGCUCUAUCACAGGUGUCUGGGAUUCAUGAAGAUCAGCUGCUGGUGUCUCUGUAUCCAGGGCUUCCAACUACAGCAGAGCUCUUUAUUCUGCCUGAUGAGCAGACAUCUACUGAGCACAAGAGAGGGAGCGAAGAGGCUCUUGAGACGAUAUCAAAUAUUUUUGUCACUGCCCUGAACCAAGGCCUGAUCCAGUUUGAACUGAAAGCUGACAUUCGCAUUAUUGUGUACAUGACUCAGCAAACUCUGGCACCACUUGUGGACUCAAACUCACUUCCCAGUGGGUCGGCCAUGCUAAUGCUGCUCAUCGUGGUGUUUGUUGGUUUAGCUGCAUUCUUCAUCUACAAGUUCAAAAGGAAAAUCCCUUGGAUCCACGUCCAGACUGAGGACAGCCAUGAGAAGGAGCCAGAAGUGAUAAGCACAGUCGGUCAGAAUGACACCAUGUCCAAGGUCAAGCUCAGUGAGUUUCCCUCCCAGAAAGAACUCAUGGAAAAAGAGCUGGAGGCGAGGAACAUAGGUGGAAUUGGCAGAAAUAUGGAGAGAAUUGUUACAAGGGAAUUUCCAAACUGUACUAAUGUCUAAGACAUGAGCUUUGUUACAGAAAUAAGUAUCUAGUUUACAAUACCAGAUGAUAAAGAUGAAUCCACUGAGCCAGACUACAGGGCCUCUAGUUUGGGGACAGUUAACUGCUGAAAUGUGUUAAUAAGUGCAGCAACAAGCAAAAAGUAAGUGGUGUCAACACUCCCUCGCUCUUUACCACAUGCCAUGGAUCCUACAUUGCUAAUAUGAACAUUAUUAAUAUUAUGAAUAUUCAGAUGAUGUUGUGUUGCUUUAAAUAUGGUUUUACUCCUUUUGUAUAGUAUUUGGGAAAUACAUUAGAAAACAAAUACCCCAGAAGCUUUGGUAGGUGCCCUUCUAUAGAAAACAGUGUUAGGAAUAUAUGAGUAUAAUGUUCAUACGAAGGAGGAUAUCAUUAAUGGAGAGGUUAGUACAAGAGAGAGGAUGGAUAAGCUUUACUAUAGUUUGUAAACUCAACAUUGAUUUCUCAGUGGUUGUCGUAAGGAGACAGCCCUCUGGGAAUAUUAGAAUACUACUAAACAGGGCUGGAAAAUACUGAUUCCAUGUAAUAAAAAGGUUCUGCUGCAUUCAUAUUUAUCUCUAUCAUACUAAUUUGACUAAAAAUGAUAAACUCUGUCAAUUACAAUAUUUUGUUUUAUUCAUACUUUUUAUUUACUUUUUCCUCUUUUUUACAUCCUGAAGAGCCGUGUCCACACAGGGAGCAUUUCAUGCAUCUGAAACCAACAGUUCAUUGCUAGCGAUCAUUCCAGGCUCUGGUUGCCUUGGUUAUGCUCUAAAAUAUUGAUUACCAGGUUGUAAGUCAAUCACCGGCAUCCUGUGCUCUCUCUGGUAGUCACUUCAAUCAAUUGCCUCAAUUUUGAGAAAAGUUUAUAUUGGACUUGCCCACUUUGCUUUGUCAGCAGUUUUAUCGAUCUAUAGUCACUUGAGGUUGACUCUGUGGUUUCUGGUCGCCGGACUGCUGAGAAUCACUUGUUGUGUGGACACAGCUGUAAUGGAUAGUCAACCCAUCUAACAAAGACUUGCAUGAUGGGGCAGAUUACAUUUUGCUCUUCCUUCAUAACAGCUCAGUCGCACUAGUAUAAAACUAGCACUGCAACCCCAUUGUGACUAUGAAAAAUUGGUGGUUGCCUGGUGAUUGCAUCAGAUUUUUUUUGCAUUUGCCGACCAAUUGCAAGUAAGAGAAGCAGAAGUUGAGCAUGCGACACCUUCGACCUUUGUCUCUAAACAAUCAUGGCCUGACUCAGACUGAGUGCAGUCACUUUCAGACAGGUUAGCAAAGGUUUGCAAAAGACUGCAGUCUAAUUUAUAAACACAGACAGAUUGCAACACAUUGCAAUCAGUCUGAGUCAGUCUGCACCAGUGAGCACAACUCAUCUGCGACGCAUCUCUUUGAAAUAGGAGACAUGACUCAACUGGUUGCCAACAAGUUGUAUUCUGGUUAUAUCUCUAUAUGAAAGCAAGGUUGCUGACCAUCUCUGUAAUUUUGCAGCAAUGAUGUCACUAUUUAUGGAGGAAUGUCUGUUUCAGAUCUGUGAGGUUCUGGCUGAACUCUGUAAAUAGUUUGUGUGAAUUUCCGUUUAAUGUGAAUUUCUGUGUAUGUAGAGCCAGCUACAUUCAAACUGAAAGCAGACUGAUAGCAGACUGACUCCAUCUUUUUGCCGUUUUAUUGCUGUCUUCAUGCACCAAAGGCAACUGACUGCGAGUGGUUGCAAACCUGGUCCCUGUCUUUGAAACAAUCAUUUCAGGUGACAAGAUCAUCAUUGUACACAGUCUCAGUAAUUUUGGCUCACGUCACUGUUUUCCUGAGUGUGACUAUAAUAUAAGACAAAAAUAUAAUUGAUUUUUUGAUUAUU